AUGUCGAGUUUCACAAGUUUCGUGGAUUAUGUCGAAAAGCCUCACGUAGCCGCCACAAACCAAAUUCCAGUGGCGUCAACGUCAGAAUGCGGCGCCGUCGAAAAAAAUACGAUUGAAUUGUUAAUGAACGAAAUCGUGAGUUCCUCGUGCGAUGACGUGUCUUUCUCAAUGCAAUUCGGUGAAUCAGAACAGGGACAAGUGAUAUGUACAAAGGUUCGACUCAGAUUUAUUCCGAUUGUUUCGAAAGAGCGAGAUGUUCCUCAACGAUCCAAGUUUUUCGACGAUUUCUACGAUGUUCCUCUCACUGCGAUCGCCAAAAUUGAAGUGGCGAUGGUGAAAGGAAGCAACAAGGGGAAACCGGAUAAAUUCCACCGAAUAGAGUACAAUUUGUCGAGUAUGGAAACGGUAUCGGUGAUUCGAUUAAUACUAAAAGAUAUGAGAGUUGUGACUAUCGAUUUGCGGCGAUCUCAAAAUGGAACUCAUCUCGCAAAUCAGAUUUUAUUCUUCUCCAAAAGUGGACCCAUCGAGAAGAUGACUCAAGUUGGAGCCGCGAUGGAAGACCGGGGACAGAAGGCGAAAAUCCCCUACAACGGCUACGACGCGUGGCAUGCUGAACUCCAAAGAUGCCAACAGAAAACAGAUUCAUCGUCGAAUUGGAAUAUUCUGGCACUCCAUAAGGAAGGAUUCAAUUAUGCGGCUCAAGGAUAUCCAAUGUACGUGGUGGUCUCCAAUUUCUUGGCUCGAAAUGACAUUGAACGACAACUUCAACACUACAAACAAGGCCGAUUUCCGAUUUGGGUUUGGUCUAGAGCAAAUGGAAAUUCGUCGCUUUUUAUUUCGGCGGAUCACGAGAAUAAUGUGGCGACGCCUGAAAUUUCGGCAAAAGUACAAGAAAGCAUUUCGAGGUGUCAUUUAGAGAAAGAGAAACCGCAUAUCAUUAAAUUGGACUCGGAAUUUGUAUCGAAUGUUGGGAAGGCUUUUGAUAAUUUGCUGAAUUUAUGUGCGAUUGAUUCCUAUGAGCAAUACGUGUCAAGACAGAGUAAUUGGAAUACGAAAGUUCACCGAACCGGAUGGUUACAUCUCGUCAAAUCGUGUCUUCAAAUCACUUAUGAGACGGUUCGAUGGGUUGUCGAUAGGGAUCGAUCGGUGAUUUUGCAAGAAGAAGAAGGAAAAGAUCUUUCGAUCGUCGUUGCGUCUCUCACUCAAAUUUGUUGUGAUCCAUUCUACAGAACCACUACAGGUCUCCAACAACUUAUCGAAAAGAUGUGGAUCGCUCUCGGCCAUCCAUUUGGCGAACGACUUCUCGGAAGAGAUGACGACACGUCUCGACGUGGAAAAGCACAGACGAAGACGCCGUCUUCGAAGACAGAUGUGAUGCCGACGUGGCUUCUUUUCUUGGAUUGUAUUGCACAAUUACACAGAAUUUAUACAUUUGAAUUCACCUUCUCCCCUCACGUUCUGAUUUCCCUUUGGGAUCUCUCACUGACCGGAAUGGUUCCAUCGAUGACAUGUAACAAUUUGGAAGAGCAACUCGUUGCAAGAGUUGGUGGAGGACCAUUUCCACUGGAUCGAUAUUAUGAAAAGAGUUAUUCGAAAAUGUUCGGAAAUAUCUGGCAUGAUUCGGUUCUUUUCAUGGAAUCCAUUAAGAAAAACCAACCAGUGUCCCCUCACUCAAAAUUUCUUCAAUGUGAAUUCAUUCGACCGCCGACUGCAUUCUGUGAUAUUCACCUGUGGUCAGAGUGUUAUCUUCGAUGGAUUCUCCCAGCGAACGGUCGGAAUUCAGGAAAACUGUCGGAUGAGUUGGCACUCGAUGAGAAAAUGAUUGAAUUGGCGAAGAAAUGGAAAAGUUCGGAAUGGAGGAGACAUGUCGAGUUGCCAGACGAAUACUCAUCUGCUUAUCCCUACUCGAUUCCGGAGAUUUCGAGACCGAUUAUUGAUUUGAAUGAUUCGGAAAUCAACGGAAGAAAUGAUGAUUUCGAUUCGAUCUCGUUCAAUUCGACGUUCAAUUCGAUGUCAUUCGCGAAUACGCCGGUCCAUAACAACACCACAACCGAAUCGAUAUUCGACCAAUCGACACUCGAAAAACGAAAUAGAAGAAUAGCCGCCACCAUUGGAUCAGAAUCUCCAGUUAUCUCAAUGCGACCAAAAGAACAAAUCGUCGGAUUCUCGAAAUACGCAUUCGAUGAGACACGCCCUCAUUCCAGAACUAUUGAGACACCGAUUUUAGAGAAUUCCUCCACCACUUUCGAAACUCCGUACCGCCCAACACCUGCUCGUCGAAGUAACACUGUCCGCGGAGACGAUCGACCCAUUCCACCGCCUCGUCCAGUCGGAUUGACUCCAAUACGACCGGAAGCGAUUCUUCGUGUCCAUAUAGACCGUCAUAGUGAUGAUACUAGUCCGACGUCUCGUGUUACUCGAUUUUAA